UCAUGCAGCCUUCUUAGUCAUCACUAAAUCAUCUAGCUAGGAUCAUAAACAUUGGCUGGAGGGUACUCCUUCUACUCAUGACCGCCGGUAGCUAUGACCCCCAUAGAAGGGGUCAUCUUGGUCCACUAAUGGCCAUUGCAUUAGCAAUUGUUCUCAUUUCCUUUAACGUGGGAUCCGUGGCUGCUGAUCCCUACAUUUACUCUUCACCUCCACCACCCUACGAGUACAAGUCCCCUCCUCCUCCUUCUCCUUCACCACCACCACCACCACCUUAUGAGCACAAGGAUCCACAUUAUCAAUACAAGUCUCCCCCUCCUCCACCACCAUAUUAUUACAAGUCACCUCCACCCCCAUCUCCUUCACCUCCACCUCCUUACUACUACAAGUCUCCUCCACCACCUUCACCCUCACCUCCUCCACCAUAUUAUUACAAAUCUCCUCCUCCACCAUCUCCCUCACCCCCUCCUCCUUACUACUACAAAUCUCCUCCACCACCCUCUCCCUCACCUCCUCCACCAUAUUAUUACAAAUCUCCCCCACCACCCUCUCCCUCCCCUCCACCUCCCUACUACUACAAGUCUCCCCCACCACCCGAUCCCUCUCCUCCACCACCAUAUUACUAUAAGUCUCCCCCACCACCAUCUCCCUCACCUCCACCUCCUUACUACUACAAAUCUCCUCCUCCUCCAUCUCCCUCACCCCCUCCUCCUUACUACUACAAGUCCCCACCACCACCCUCUCCCUCACCUCCACCUCCUUACUAUUACAAGUCUCCCCCACCACCUGAUCCCUCCCCUCCACCCCCAUAUUACUAUAAGUCUCCUCCACCACCCUCUCCUUCACCUCCACCACCUUACUAUUACAAAUCUCCCCCACCACCCUCUCCUUCACCUCCACCCCCUUACUACUAUAAGUCCCCACCACCACCAUCACCCUCACCACCACCACCAUACUAUUAUAAGUCUCCUCCCCCACCUGAGAAGUCUACAGCUCCAACACCAUACUACUACAAAUCUCCUCCUCCUCCAUCUCCUUCACCUCCUGUGCCUUACUAUUAUAAGUCUCCACCACCUCCUUCACCAUACCCUCCUCAUGUGCCUUACUACUACAACUCCCCUCCUCCACCAGUCGUGUAUCCUCCAUACACUCCAUAUCACCACCCAUUGAUCGUUAAGGUUGUGGGUAAAGUCUAUUGUUACAGAUGCUAUGACUGGAAAUACCCCCAAAAGUCACACAACAAGAAGCACCUCAAAGGUGUCACGGUCGAAGUGACUUGUGAAGUUGGGAGCAAGACCAUAAAGGCUUAUGGCAAAACUAAGACUAAUGGAAAGUAUAGCAUUGCUGUUGAAGGCUUUGACUAUGUCAAAUAUGGAGCCACAGUUUGCAAGGCUAAACUCCAUGCUCCUCCCAAGGGCUCACGCUGUAACAUACCCACAAAGCUUAAUGAAGGAACCAAACUGAAGGUGAAGUCCAAGGACAAGUAUGAAGUUGUACUCAAGGCUAAGCCGUUUGCUUAUGCUCCUGAAAAGCCAUAUGAUUGCAAAAAGUCCAAGCCCGAGCCUUCACCUACUCCUUAUCACAAACCAUAUUAUUACAACUCUCCCCCACCCCCUUCACCCUCACCACACCCAUACUCUCCUUACAAGUCACCACCUCCACCACCACCCUCAUACUAUUAUAAAUCCCCUCCUCCACCUUCUUAUUACUACAAGAGCCCUCCUUCAUCAUCACCAUCACCUCCUCCUCCAUAUUACUAUAAAUCCCCACCACCACCAUCACCAUCCCCACCUGCACCUUACUAUUAUAAAUCUCCUCCUCCACCACCCAAAGAUCCUUACCAUCCUCCUUACUAUUACAAGAGCCCCCCUCCACCUUCACCUUCUCCUCCUCCUUCAUAUUAUUACAAAUCUCCUCCUCCACCUAAAGAAAUAUCACACCCUCCUUACUACUACAAGUCACCUCCUCCACCAUCCCCAUCACCACCUCCUCCCUAUUACUAUAAAUCACCUCCUCCACCAUCCCCAUCACCACCACCUCCCUAUUACUACAAGUCACCUCCACCACCAGACCCAUCACCACCACCUCCAUACUACUACAAGUCUCCACCCCCACCAUCCCCAUCACCACCACCUCCAUACUAUUACAAGUCACCCCCACCUCCAUCUCCAUCACCACCACCACCUUACUACUACAAAUCACCUCCUCCACCAUCCCCAUCACCACCACCUCCAUACUACUACAAGUCACCUCCACCACCAGACCCAUCACCACCACCUCCCUACUACUACAAGUCUCCACCCCCACCAUCCCCAUCACCACCACCACCUUACUACUACAAGUCACCUCCUCCACCAUCCCCAUCACCACCACCUCCAUACUACUACAAGUCUCCACCCCCACCAUCUCCAUCACCACCACCUCCAUACUACUACAAGUCACCUCCACCACCAGACCCAUCACCACCACCUCCCUACUACUACAAGUCUCCACCCCCACCAUCUCCAUCACCACCACCUCCUUAUUACUACAAGUCACCUCCUCCACCAUCCCCAUCACCACCACCUCCUUAUUACUACAAGUCACCACCACCACCAGACCCAUCACCACCACCUCCCUACUAUUACAGGUCACCCCCACCACCAUCUCCAUCGCCCCCACCACCCUAUUACUACAAGUCACCUCCACCUCCAUCACCUUCUCCACCACCUCCUUACUACUACAAGAGUCCUCCUCCACCAUCUCCCGUGUCUCAUCCUCCCUACUACUACAAAUCUCCUCCACCAUCAACGCCGUCUCCCCCACCUCCUUACCAGUACGUGAGUCCUCCACCACCAACCAAAUCUCCUCCACCACCUAUCUACAAGUAAUCUUGGAAUUAAGCAGAAGCAGCAACAAGUCAUGUUCUAGUAUUCAUUGUGGAAUAAAGUCCAGUUCCAUUUGGAGCAAAGUUAAGCCUUUAAUUUGUUGUACAAGUUCUUUGAAUAAGAGUUUGAAUAUAUCGUCUCUAAGCUACAAUCUUCACGACUCAAAUGAGGUUGCUUCGAUUUAUUUGGUAGCCAUCUUUCACAUCUUGUUGGUACUAAGUUCAAGGGAGCAACAAACCAAAAUGAGGAAGCAAGAUUUGAAAUGUUGAUGCCAAUGCAGGCUUUUAGAGAUUUCUUAUUUGUUUCUUUGUAGAUUAAUAUGGUUGAUAGUGUAUGAUUGCAUUCAAAUUAUUGUGAAAAUUCUUUUAAUUAUA